AUGUCGACUAACGCAGAAACGGUGACAGCCGUGCCUGGAGUGCCUACUCCGACCAUCGACGACGGCGCAAAUGCUACCUCCAACGCCAACAAUCCACGGAUCCAACAGGACGGACCUUCGCUUACUGAAGCGCUCACGCUUCGUCGCAAUCUGCUGCAGUCGCUAUGGAUGGGUGUUCGACAACUGCCGCGAGGACGACGCAUCGUUCUGAUGAUCCGAUUGGCCGUUUCUUUCGCCCAAAUUGUAGCCUUCAUCCCAAUCCUCGCGCUACCCGGCUCGCACCACGUUUCACCUUCUCACGAGGCCGGCAGAGUCUGCAAUCCAGACAGCCUCUUCAAGUAUCUUGUGGUGCACAUUGUUCGACUGGCGCUCGACAUUCCUGUAGAACUCUAUCUGGGGCUCAGCCCACACCGUACACGGCGAGGUCGACGAGCUGGACCUGAGGCACGUGCCAUCGCUGAACGUGACCGACCAUUGGGUUCAGAAUACCUCGACAUGAAGAUAGGCAAGAUCAGCACGGUCCUUGGCAUAGCCUCUUUGGUCAUCUUUUUCGUCGGCAACGCUAUUGUCUACAGCUCGACCGAAUGCUCGCAGAAACCAGCCGAGGCCGUGCCGCUCUUCUGGACAGCACUGGCUUCGCUCAUCGUGGUGUACGUCUUCAUUCUCGAGAUUGCUCUGCUGGCAUUUCUGAUCGUUUGCGCAUUGCCAUUGUUGAUCAUGGUGAUGCGCGCGUUGGGCUUGGCGCAUCGGCUACCACAGAGGGAGCUACACCCCGAGACAGGCAAGAUCGAUCAGAAGGAGGUGGACAAGCGCGUCAAGUUGGUUUACUAUACACCUGCUGAGGAGGAACAAGACGAUGCUCACCAUGACGAUGAGAGUACUGGCGUGGAAGCGCAAGAACAGCUUGACCAGCAAGGUCGUGAGGGCAACAUCGAGACAGUCGCACAGAACGAAUCCACACCAGCUCGUCCGGGCAUUGGAUCUAGGCAAUCGACACAAGUGUCUGUUAGAACCGUUGUGCAUCCCGCGCUGGGACGUCUGCGACGCUUAAGUCGACUCUUGAUAGCUCGUCGUCGUUCCGAAACGUCGUCUUCCCGCUUGAAUCAUCUCAAAUCCGCCCGCGACUCUGGCAAUGCCUCGACGUUGUCGAGCAGCACUUUGAGCGCCGAAACCGGAGCGGCACGAUCAGCAGCGCAAUCGAAGUUAUCCGCCAGGCAGCGACGAGGAAAACAACUCAAAUAUCCACUCCACCCACUACCUGCACACCGCGCUACCUGCCCCAUCUGUCUCUGCGACUUUGAAGAGCCUCAACUGGACGACGAGCCGGAGUCGGAAAUCGAACCCGAGCCUUUGCGGCUGCUAGAGUGCGGACAUGUGAUGCAUAAGACAUGUGUCGAUCAGUGGUUGACCACUGUCUCUGGGAGGUGUCCGGUGUGUCAGAAAGCGGUGAUUCCGCAGAUCGUCGACGAAAGCCGAGUGCCUUCGACCACACAGGGACAAGUGGCUGAUGCUGCAGGGCAAACGUUGGGCCAGCAGCAGCCGACCGAAGCCGAGCACAUAGCAGAAGAGCGAGAUCCGGCUCGGAUUGCUGCAGCCCCCGCGAUCGAGGCACAUCCAGCAGAAGCACACUGCCAGAACAGUACGGCGAGCACACAUCUUGCUGGUGCAAGCGGAAGCACGACGAUUUCCGACGCUGGACCUCAAGAAUCGCACGAAUUGCAACGUUUGCCAUCGGGUGUGUAA